UGAGGAUGAGCGAGAGCUGACCCUGUCGCUGCCGCCUCUCCUGUGAAGUGUCUGCUCCUCCUCCUCCCCUGCUGUGGGUGAACCUGCGCUACGGGCUCUUCACCGACACGGGGAGGGGGAUUGGUUUGUUUGUGUAUUUGUUUAAGGAAAAGAAAGAAAGAAAGAAAGAGAGAGACCUUCCAUCCACUGAAGCACAGUUCACUAUGAUCGUACUCGCAUUCAGCACUGGAACCCGGUUGGAUUUUGUGUCUCAGUCCAGGGUGUUUUUCUUGCAAACCUUCCUUUGGAUUUUAUGUGCUACAGUGUGCAAAGCGGAGCAGUAUUUCAAUGUGGAGGUAUGGUUACAAAAGUAUGGCUACCUUCCACCAACUGACCCCCGAAUGUCGGUGUUGCGCUCUGCAGAAACCAUGCAAUCAGCUAUAGCUGCCAUGCAGCAGUUCUAUGGCAUUAAUAUGACAGGAAAAGUGGACAGGAACACAAUUGACUGGAUGAAGAAGCCUCGAUGCGGCGUGCCUGACCAAACGAGAGGCAGCUCCAAAUUUAACGUUCGUCGGAAACGCUAUGCGUUAACGGGACAGAAAUGGCAACACAAACAUAUCACUUACAGCAUAAAGAACGUCACUCCAAAAGUAGGUGAUGCUGAAACUCGUAAAGCCAUUCGCCGUGCCUUCGAUGUGUGGCAGAAUGUAACUCCUCUAACAUUUGAAGAAGUUCCUUAUAUUGAAUUAGAAAAUGGCAAAAGGGAUGUGGAUAUUACAAUCAUUUUUGCAUCAGGUUUUCAUGGAGACAGUUCUCCCUUUGAUGGGGAGGGCGGAUUUUUGGCUCAUGCAUAUUUCCCUGGGCCAGGAAUUGGGGGAGACACUCAUUUUGACUCAGAUGAGCCAUGGACUUUGGGAAAUCCCAAUCAUGAUGGUAAGAAAAGAUUUCAGUUUAAACAAAAUAAAUAAAUGGCUAUAACAGAACUAUUUCCAUGCUUCCCUGUCCCUAAAUAGUUUUCUUUCCUAAGUUCACAUUAUUUUAGAAAUAUCUUCAGUUAAACAGUUUAUUACAAUCUCAAGCAGAAAAGUUUCUGUCUAAAUGUAAUUGACAUUAUGAAAAUGUAUUUCUCCUGAAAACAUUGAAUUCUUGUUAAGGAACCUUUGUGUUCAUUCAGACAUUUUACUAUUGACUGCUUACAUAAAUUACUUUCAU